ACGAUUCGUACGGUCUUGCCUACGUGCGCCUGACCACGCAGCUGGAUCGGAUAAAGGAGGUGGUGAGGAGUUGGAAAGAUACGGACGCCGCCUUGCAAAGCUGCAAAGCCAGCGGAAAGCUCGACCCGCGAAAGAGGGGCAUGUGCAGCGGCCCUCUUCCCACCAAAGGGCUGGUGGGGUUUUUGUCCGGGAAGUCAACUGGCGGCAAGUGGGAGGACGAGUACCUCGGCGUGGACGCGACAGUCCAUGGGGCAGCAACAAAGUUUACGAACGGCGUGACGUUCAGCGGCGCCGGGGCGGGGGCGGAGUGGCCCGUGGGGAAACUGGGGCAGAACCAGCCGUACUACUUUGCGAACAACGAGUUCGCUCUUGCGGUGACGGUGACGAUCCACGCGGUGCCGGAGGAGGACGGCGGCCCCAUCCCUUUGCUGCGGGUGAAGAUGGACGACGCAGCGAGCACUGUGCUCUUUGAGCUGUCGUACAACCAUGAGCGGAAGUGGCUCUCCACACCUCAUCGCGGCGCGGCUGAGGGGUCUUUGGAGCAGUGGGAACCAAACAAAACCUACCAAGUGACACUGGAGUUUGAAAAGGACGAGUGGAAUGUGCACGUCGACGGGAGUGAGAUUUACGGUGACACCCACGACGACUCUAUUUUCGACGCAAGCAGGAUCUCGCACUUCUGCUUUGGGGCCGACGCCGGGGGCGGUGCGGCGAGCAGCCAACAUGUGACGCUGGCCAACGUCCUGCUGUACAACGACCUGCUGGCUGAGGAUGCGGUGGAGAAGCUCAGCGACGGCAAAGUCGAUUUUCCGCGGCCGGCGGCAAAGCCGGAGGUUCCGCCGCCGACUAGCGGUGGUGGGGGGCCUGCGCCCCAGGCGAGGCCGGAGGACAAGAAGGGGGAGAAGAGUUCAUUGCCCGACAAGGGCCCCGCCGGCAGCGAAAGCGACAGCGCCGUUUCGACGCCUCAGGUCCCCCCAGCAAAGCCGAAUCCGGAACCGCACGCGGGAACGGGCGGUCCUGGGGGAACUGACGGUGGGGUCACUCCCGACAGCAAAGGCGGUGCAAAACCCCCCAGCACCGAGCCAGUGGCAGGCGAUUCGCGGAAUAAAGGCGCAGAGGUGCCCAAGGGGGACAACACCACUGCAGGCUCUGUGCCCGAUCGGCCCCCACCCCCCGCUCCAGGCCAGGGAGGAAAGGCGUCGCCAGGCGUUGACGUUGCGCCGAAGGAUGCAGGCGCCGCACCAGGACCCGAAGGGAGGCCGACAGCACCCAAAGUGCCACCGCUCCCGAAUGGCACCAACGUUACUGGCUCCAUUCCCAAUGACGGAAACGGUGACGGCAGUGUGCAUGGGGGUCUGCCUCGGGUAAUGCUGCUGACUCUUCUGGGGCUUUGUGGCAUUGCGGCUCUCUGCUGA